AUGACCAGCAAGACCGACGCCAUCAAGGCCCUCAAGGCGCACGCCGCGACCGGCGCGCCGACCGACAUGCGCGCCGCGUUCGCCCGCGACGCCAACCGGUUCGAGACCCAUUCCGCCCGGCUCGACGACAUGCUGCUCGACUGGUCCAAAUGCCGGGUCGACGGCGAGACGGUGGCCUUGCUCGAAGCGCUGGCGGACGCCUGCGAUCUCGAUGGCCGACGCGCGGCGAUGUUCGCCGGCGAAGCGAUCAACACGACCGAGGGUCGCGCGGUCCUGCACACCGCGCUCCGCAACCGGUCCGGCGAUCCGGUCAUGGUCGACGGCGCCGACGUGAUGCCAGCCGUCAAUGCCGUGCUCGCCGCGAUGGCCGAUUUCUGCCAUGGUGUGCGCGACGGCGCGAUCCGCGGCGCCACCGGCGAACCGAUCGCCGACGUAGUCAAUAUCGGCAUUGGCGGCUCCGAUCUGGGACCUGCGAUGGCGGUGCGCGCGCUUUCGCCCUUCCAUGACGGACCACGCUGUCAUUUCGUCUCCAAUGUCGACGGCGCCGACAUUGGAGACACGCUCGCCGGGCUCGACCCGGCCCGCACCCUUUUCAUCAUCGCCUCGAAGACCUUCACCACCAUCGAGACGAUGACCAAUGCGGCGACCGCCCGCAAAUGGCUGGUCGGCCAGCUUGGCGAAGAUGCCGUCGGGGCGCAUUUCUGCGCGGUCUCCACGGCGCUCGACAAGGUGGCCGAUUUCGGGAUCGGCGCCGACCGGACCUUCGGCUUCUGGGACUGGGUCGGCGGGCGCUAUUCGCUGUGGGGCGCAAUCGGCCUGCCGAUCAUGAUGGCGAUCGGACCGACACGGUUCGGCCGUUUUCUGGACGGCGCGCACGCCAUGGACACCCAUUUCAGGACCGCGCCGAUGCGGCAGAACCUGCCCGUCAUGGCCGGCCUGAUCGGCUACUGGAACAGGGCGAUCAGCGGCUACCCGUCCCGCGCGGUGAUCCCCUACGACCAGCGGCUGGCGCGUCUUCCGGCCUAUCUGCAGCAACUCGACAUGGAAAGUAACGGCAAGGGCGUCGCGCUCGACGGCACGCCCAUUGCCGGCGUGUCGGGGCCGAUCGUGUGGGGCGAGCCGGGCACCAACGGCCAGCACGCCUUCUUCCAGCUGCUGCACCAGGGCACCGACAUCAUCCCGGUCGAGUUCCUCGUCGCCGCCAACGGGCACGAGGACGAUCUGGCCCAUCAUCACCAUUUGCUGCUGGCCAACUGUCUUGCCCAGUCCGAGGCGCUGAUGAAGGGCCGCACGCUGAGGGAAGCGACCGACCAAUUGCUGGCCAACGGCAUGGAAGAAGCGGCGGCCAAUGCGCUGGCGCCGCACAAGGUGUUCACCGGCAACCGGCCCUCGACCACGUUGGUCUAUGACCGGCUCGACCCCUUUACGCUGGGACGGAUCAUAGCGCUUUACGAACACCGCGUCUUCGUCGAGGCGCAGCUUUUCGGCAUCAACGCGUUCGACCAGUGGGGUGUGGAACUGGGCAAGGAACUGGCGACCGCCCUGCUGCCGGUGGUCGAAACCGGCGACGGAGCCGACCAGCGCGACGCGUCGACCGCCGCGCUGGUGGCCCAUGUCCGGGCUUUGCGGGCGGGCGGGCAAGCCGACGCUUGA